AUGGCUCCCAAGCCUUCUCUCGAGCCUCGCGAGGCAUAUCUACCGAAACCUGUUCCCAUAGGAGGGGACAUCAUGUCGGUUAUGGUUUCCCUCGCUGCUUGUUCAAUAUUAUCUGUCUUUCUUUUCCAGAGAAUUGCUGCCGUGAGAUCCUGGUCCAGGUUACCGUUUGUUGCUUGGGCCUUAUCUGUCUUUCUUGUCGAGAAAGCACAUGUUAUUCGAAGUUCUACCACACGUAGGAGAAACUCUAAACUUUACUUGUUCAACAUGACCACACUUCUUGGUGGUUAUGGAGUGGUUGUCGUUCUCAACUUUAUCUAUCGCAUUGCCAGAAUUGUAAACGGAGAGUGCUUCAUCGGCAUGAAGAGCAUCUCUAUGAUUCCUCUUAUCGCAUUCGAUGCCGUCGUCAAUGUCUACCUGACUAUUCUUUUUCUGAUCCCUCUCAAAAAUCUCUAUUCAUUCAGGAAUCUUCUAAAGACCCAUGCGAACUCCCGCCUUCGCAAUGUGGCCUUCCGUACUUUCGUCGGUGCUUGCUGUACCUUGACAAGCAGUAUAGUAAACUUGACUGUAUUGAUGGUUCUCAAUGGCGAGCCAGGUUGGGUGUGCCUAAUGUGUUGCAAUAGUGACGUCCUCUUUUCGGCCAUUGUCGUUCAAUGGGUCACUUCUCGCGACAGUGCUGGUUCUUCCAGUCAACCAGCAUCGGCUGCUGUUAUGGAUGGCAGCUACAUCGGCAGGCGUGCCUCGUCAGCUCACCCAAGAAGCUCUCUGCAUGCUUCCAACGUCCCCAACGUCCCUCGCGACAUGGAUGACGAGACUUCUCUUGUUGGGCAUGCUGCCGUCACCUCUUCAACUGAUGACCCCGGUUUCGAAAUGACUAAAGUUCAUUCAGGGGCUACAAGUGGCGUUAUCGUUACGACGACAAUUCACCGUCAGAGCAGGCCUACGACCGAACGAAAGGAGAGCAGCGACGACGACGACGAUAUCGAGAUUGAAUCAGACCGAGACUUUCCGGUGCGGUCGGUUGCUUUUGCCCCAGGCCACACAGAAGUCGCAGAGCCACCGCGAACACGAAUCCAAGGUGGCUCCAGGCCACAUCAUGCCAAGGCACCUUCAUUCUCACGUCCGUUGAAUAAAUAA